CUUCGUACCACAAUGCGAUUGUUCGGUCUCGCCAGAGUCGGCGGGCGAAUCUCGUCAUUUCCACAACUGCUUCGUCGGCCCAUGUCCACAACUUCGUACGACUACAUCGUCCUUGGUGGCGGCUCCGGCGGCAUCGCCUCUGCGCGUCGCGCUGCUAGCUACGGCGCCAAAGUGCUCGUGGUCGAGAGAGGUCGUACCCUUGGCGGGGCUGGGCUAGGCGGCACGUGCGUGAAUGUUGGUUGCGUGCCGAAGAAGGUCAUGUACAACGCCGCGUUCCUCGCAGAGAUUAUGCACUCUGCCAAGACGUACACGUUUAAAGGGGUGCAGGGCGUCGAGUUCGGCUCGUUCGACUGGCCUGCGAUGAAAUCGAAGCGAGACGCAUAUGUCACCCGGCUCCAUGGAAUCUACGAGCGCAAUUUGGCCAAAGAUGGGAUCUCACUCGUGUCGGGGGUAGCAGCCUUUGUCGACAACCACACGAUUGCUGUGGACGGCGCCAAGUUUACUGCGCCGCACAUCCUUGUCGCGGUCGGGGGCACACCCCAGUUGCCGUCCAUCCCCGGCAUCGAGCUCGCGAUUUCGUCGGACGGGUUCUUUGCCUUGGAAACGCAGCCGAGAAAGGUCGCGGUAGUCGGCGCCGGCUACAUCGCGGUGGAACUUGCCGGCAUUUUCAACGCACUCCAAACCGACACAACGCUCUUUUGCCGCCACGACCAAGUGCUUCGCAAGUUUGAUCCGCUCGUGCGCGACCACGUCAACAAGGAAAUGCGCCGAGCGGGAGUGGCCUUUGUGACGCAGUCUGGCGUCGAUUCGAUCCACAAGGAAGCGAACGGCACGCUGACCAUCCAAGCCACCAUCAAGCAAGAAAACGGCAGCGCAACGACGCAAGAGUUUAGUGGCUAUGACGCAGUUGUCGUCGCGAUCGGCCGCACGCCACGCACGACGGACUGUGGCUUCGACCGCACUGACAUUGUUUUCGAUCGAAAGGGGUUUAUUCAAGUGGAUGGCCAGGAAAAUACGACUGUGCCGGGGGUGUAUGCCAUUGGAGACGCCACGGCAACGGGCUGGGAACUCACUCCGGUCGCAAUCGCAGCGGGUCGUCGGUUGGCAGACCGGUUGUUUGGUGGCGAGCCCGAUGCGUGCAUCAACUACCACCAGAUCCCGACCGUCGUGUUCAGCCACCCCCCCAUCGGCACGAUCGGGUACACCGAGCCCGACGCGAUCGCCAAGUAUGGACCGGCCAACGUCAAGGUGUACACUUCAUCCUUUGUCAACUUGUUUUACACGCUCCUGCCGCCGAAAGACAUGCCGAGCACGGCGAUGAAAGUCGUUUGUGUCGGCAAGGAAGAGACCGUCGUGGGCAUGCAUGUUGCGGGUAUGGGCGCCGACGAGAUGAUCCAAGGCUUUGGCGUCGCCGUCAAAAUGGGCGCGUACAAGUCGGACUUGGACAACGUUAUCGCGAUUCACCCGACGGCGUCCGAGGAGUUGGUCACGAUGGCGCCGUGGGGAAAGAUCCAAGACAGGAUUACCCUACCAUUCGGCACAGCGCGGCCACCACCCACCAUGCUAGAUUAAUGGUCAUAUCAUCGCUUGUCGCUUUGAUGGCAUGCGGCGUUGUCUGGAGC